AUCACCCCUCCCUUCUCAUUUCCUGAGUUGUGCAAAGCUGACUGAACCCACAGAGCAAUCUCAUCUUGUUUGGACAACACUUGAAGAAGGGACACUUCCCUUCUUCUGCUCUCUCCACUUCCCUCUCCAGAGCCACGGCUUGGCCUGGAACUGAUCUCAGGUGGCCAGGGCAGUUAAAGCAUAACUUAGCUCUCCAUGGAUCUGCCUUACUACCAUGGCCAGAUGACCAAGAAAGAAUGUGAAACCCUGCUCCUCAAGGGAGGGGUGGAUGGCAACUAUCUGAUAAGAGACAGCGAGUCUAUGCCAGGAGUCCUGUGCCUCUGCGUCUCGUUUAAAAAGUUUGUCUAUACCUACCGAAUCUUCAGGGAGAAACAUGGAUAUUACAAGAUAGAGACUGUGGAAGGUGCUCCAAAACAGAUCUUUCCGAACCUAGAAGAAUUAGUCUCCAAGUAUGAAAAGCCAGGUCAAGGUCUGGUGAUUCACCUUUCAAACCCAAUGAUGAGAAGCGGCUUCUGCCCAAGAGGGAGAAGGAUGAAGUUAGAGAUGAAUGUUUAUGAGAACACUAACGAGGACUAUGUGGAUAUCUUGCCUUGAAGACAAGGACAUAGGACAAAACAAGCUAAGGGAGGGCUGAGAUGGCAGAGCUCUCAGCGGCCACCACCUCUGCAAGUGUCUAUCUAAAAUGCCAACUUCUAGAGGGCCUCUGAGACCCUCCUGACCUGGGUAGCAGGAUCUUCUCAACUGAAGCCUUGGAGAAGUCCCUUCCCACAUGUCUGACUCCUGGCACACUCACAAGAAGCUCCAAAGCCACCGUCACCUGUUACUCUCCUAUCUUGGAAUUGGACAGCCGGAAUCCAGGCAUUGCCAUUGCAUCCUGGCUGACAACAUCUAACAGGACAAAGGGAAGGGCAGCUUCAUAGAAAGGAAACAAUACUCUGUAGUAACUUCAGAGUCCCCAACCUGUGUUCUGUGACUUUUGGCAAACCGCCCUCUCUGGUGUGGUUGAGUGGUUCACACACACUAACCUGGACCCUCUGUUGAGCCUGGUUGUCCCAGGUGGAGCUGGCGUCUGAGCAGAGGAAUCAAGGUCUAAGGAUGCUGAAGAAGCAAACAUGUCCUCCAGCUGUGGAGGUCUUGGUCCUGAUGAGGGCUGUGACCCACCAAUGUUCCCUUUCCCUCUCGUUUGACCUAGCCCCAUCUCUUCAAAGGUUGACUUCCUGCCAGGCAUUCCUCUGGCCUCGGUUUUUCCUGAUUUUCCCCAAGUCUGUAUAUACAGCAAUCACUUUGUCAGCUCUGCCUUUUGAUAAAUGUGAUAAUAAUAUUUAUUUUAUUAUUAUUUUUUAUUAGCAUACAGAGAAAUGGGUUUUAUUCUGACCUUUUUAUAUCUAUAAAUCAUUACACUUUGGGGGUCUUUUUUUUGUUUUUGUUUCUUUUUUUUUUUUUGAGACAGAAUCUGAGUCUAGCCCAAGUUAACCUCAAACUCUAACUUUAUGCCUCAGCCUCCUAUGUGCUGGGGUUACAGGUGCAUGCGAUCUCUGUGACCAAUAUGCUCUUCUUUCUUGACCUUCCCCUGUACUGCCCCAUCCUUUGCACCUUGCCGUGACACUCCUAUCCCCAAAGAGACCGCCUUCUGCCUAUAUUUCAUUGCCUUCCUUCCACUUUAGACCUCUUGCUCCUGUCUCAUAGUCCGGGUUUCUGAAUUUUCAUGUCCUCCAUACAUAUGUAUUUAUACAUAUAAAUUUAAAUCUGGAUCUUACAUAUGAGAAAAAUGUGGUUUGUCCUUCUGAAUCUAAUAAACUUCACGCAACAAAAUGA